UUAAAAUAUGAAUUUAUGAAAGCAAGUGGACCAGGUGGUUAACAUGUUAAUAAAACUGAAAGUGCUUGUAGAAUCACUCAUAUUCCAACUGGAAUUUAAGUUGUAAAUAUGGAAGAUAGAAGUUAAGAGAGAAAUAAAUAAAGAGCAUAUUAAAUAUUAAGAGAUAAAUUAUUUGCUAUUCAUGUAUAAGAGAAAUAAGAAAGAAUGGCUUAAUCUAGAAAAAGUUAAGUUGCUGGAUCUGAUAGAAGUGAUAAAAUAAGAACAUAUAAUUUUCCAUAAGAAAGAAUAACUGAUCAUAGAACUAAUUUAACAAUGUAUGGUAUGGAAAAAAUGUUAUCUGGAGAAUUAUUAGGAGAAUUCAUCUAAAAAUAUUAAGAGAAAAUUCAUAAUGCAAAAUUAUAAGAUUUAUUAGAUGAAUUAUCAAAUGAAAAUAAGAAAUGA